CUUUUCCUGCUCUCUCUUUUCCUGAUUUGUUCCAUGAGUAUGCUCUCUCUUUUCCUGAUUUGUUCCAUGAGUAUGUAUACUAUGCUUCCUCAUUUAGCAUAUUUUACUUCUACUCCUUAUGUCAAAAGAUUUAUUUGAGAAGAUUUUUUCAAUUUGAAAAUUUGGGAACCACUUAUAAACUACUAGAUGAUAAUUUUCAAAAAAACCCUUAGAUAUCACCACUUAAAAAUUGGAUGGUCUCUAUUCAAUCAAUCUCAAGACUUUAUUUUUUCAUGUACAUCAAUGGGACAACUAGGAACUUGUUUUUAUCGAGGUUAAUCUAGAAGAGAAUACAAUCUCAAAUUUUGUGUCCUAAAGUUAAUAUUAGGUGAUGUUUUAACGAAGGGAGUAAGUGGACAUUAUACUCCCACUGGAGUAGAAUAUCUUGAUUUACAAUCCCCCUCUCUCUCUCUGGUCCCUGCUUUUUCUACUACAGAUUUCCUCUCUGUAAAAUUGCAGGCUACCUCUUUUAACCUCGACUUCCCCUCAUAUGUUUCCAACUGUAGAUGAGAUGGGCCAAGAGAGUUUACGCCAAACUUCCCCCAUUAACCCCAUCUCUUCCUCUCUUUUCCAUUCACUCUUGCCCCACCAUUGCUGCAAAAGAUCCCAAAUGGAAACUGCAAAACCUCUCCCAAUGCAAGAAACUGCAUGCCCAAAUGCUUGUCUCUGGUUCUCUAUUCUCAGAUCAGGAAACCAACCUCAUCAAACUCUUUACCAUGUAUUUGUCAAGGGCCCAAUGUCCAAGCGUCCACGAAUUGAUCGAUCAAUUUCCUCAAAGAACGACCUCCUUUUACAACCACGUUCUCAGGGAGCUACACAAUUUUGGCUUGUUCUUGGAUGCUCUCUGGAUUUACAAGAAAAUGAAUUCCUUUGGCAUAAAACCGGAUUGCGAAAGCUUUCCUUAUGUGUUGAAGUCAUGUGAUUCUAAGGUUUUUGAUGUUCGGCAAAUCCAAACCGAAGUGAUAAAAUUUGGGUUUGAUUCGAACCCAUUUGUGGGUGAAUGCUUGGUGUCAGCUUAUGCAAAAUGCUUUCUAAUCAGAGAAGCACAGAGCGUGUUCAAUUCAAUUCCUCAAAGAGGUGUUACGGCUUGGAAUUCAUUGGUUGUUGGGUACUUUCAAUGUGGUGACUAUGAGAAAGGACUGGACCUCUUUAGGUGCUUGAGGCAGCAAGUGAAGGCUGGUAGGGUUACAGUGGCUAAGGCACUUGGUGCCUGUGCUUCUUUGAGAGCUCUAGAUGAAGGUAAAGAUAUCCAUGAGUUUAUAUUGAAAACACAAUUUGAAACUGAUGCUUUUGUAGAGACUGCCCUGAUAGACAUGUACGCAAAAUGUGGUUGUGUUUCGAUGGCAAUUGGCUUGUUUGAAACCAUGCCGAAAAAGGACUUGGUUACUUGGAAUGCACUCAUAACUGGUCUUGUAAGGAGUGGCAAUGGUGUUGAUGGCCUGGUUCUGUUCCAUCAGAUGAGACUAACCACACAUUUGAAACCCAACGAGGCCACGCUAGUGAACUUGACUCUGGUCUGUGCUGAAUUAGGGGCUCUUGACGUAGGGAAGAACCUUCAUAGUUAUGCUUUGAAAGCUGGCUUUUGUUCUCAUGUGAAUGUGGGCAACUCUUUCAUGGCCAUGUAUGGCAAAUGCCAUCAUGUAGAUGAUGCAUGGCUGUUGUUCCGAACCAUGCAUGACCGAAGUUUGGUGUCAUGGAACACCAUCAUAUCUAUCCACACACAAAACAAGCGAGCUUAUUGUGCACUCAAACUCUUUGUUAUGCUGAGAGAGAGUGAGACACGACCUGAUUGCACCACCCUCAUGUCGGUUCUCCAAGCUUGCUCUCUUUUUGCAGCCUUAAAGCAAUCCCACGCUGUGCAUGGUUAUGUGAUAAGAGGGGGUUUCAGCUCAGAUGUUCGUGUGGGUACUGCACUUGUAGACGCAUAUACAAAAUGUGGGUAUUUAUGCCUAUCUCGCCAAGCUUUCGAUGAGAUUGUCGUUGCCGAUGCCGAUGCCAUAGCUUGGUCUGCGAUGCUUGCAGGCUAUGCCAUGCAUGGGCGAGGGCAUGAAGCCCUUGAGUUUUUCACCCUUAUGGAGAGCAUAGGUGUGACCCCUGAUCAUGUUAGCUUCACCCAUGUGCUCAGUGCGUGUAGCCAUGCAGGGCUAGUGAGAGAGGGAAAGCAAUACUUUGCACGAAUGACCAAUGAUUAUGCAAUCUCCCCUCAAAUGGACCAUUAUUCAUGCAUUGUUGACCUUCUGGGGCGCUCAGGGCUCCUCAAUGAGGCUUAUGAACUGAUCGAGGCCAUGCCUAUUGCCCCAAACGCAGGGGUAUGGGGAGCACUACUUGGGGCUUGUAGGAUACACCACGAUAUCAACCUAGCAAAAAUAGCGGCCGAGCAGUUGUUUCUGUUGGACCCAAUAGACCCUGGACCUUAUGUAAUCUUGUCAAACAUAUAUUCUGCGGCUGGUAGGUGGAAUGAAGUCUCGAGAGUUAGGGCAUUGAUGAGGGAGAGAGGCCUAAAGAAAGAUCCAGGGUGUAGUUUUUUCGAGUUGAAUGGUAAGGUCCAUUCAUUUGUGGUUGGAGAUAGGUCACAUCCUGAGUCAGAGAAAAUAUAUGCUAGGCUUAAAACUCUUGUCGAGAAGUCACGAGAAGUUGGCUACGUUCCCAUGACAGAAUUUGUGCUCCAUGAUGUGGAAGAGGAAAUGAAAGAAGAGUUGCUGUGGUGCCAUAGUGAGAAGCUUGCCAUUGCCUUCGGGCUUCUGACCACAAGCAAAGGAACACCCAUUGUGAUAACAAAGAACCUGAGGAUCUGUGGUGAUUGUCACAAUGCUGCAAAGGUUAUAUCUUCUUUGGAGAAACGUGAUAUUACCAUUAGAGAUUCUAAACGGUUCCACCAUUUUAAUCAGGGUUCAUGCUCCUGUGGAGAUUAUUGGUAAUCUUUAUAUAAAUUGAAGAGAAGGAAAUGGGGACCAGCAAUAUGGGCAAGAGAAGGAACUGGAAAUGAAGAGAAGGUUACCACAAUACGGCUUGCAGAGCUUGCAGUCCACUUCACAUAGUCGGGGGCAGCCGACGGGGCAGGCAAGAGGGACCCCAUAGCAGCGGCCAUAGUAAGGGUCCUUGCAACUCGCCUUCCAUGCAAGGGCUUGAGAGAGAAGAAAGGCAUAGAAGGUGAAGACCAGGAGAACCCUUGGAGAACCCAUACUUCCUCUUCCUCUUCUUCUACAGAAACAAUCAAACAAUAUUGAAGUUUUCAUUUGAUGAGGGAAGAAAAAAUGAGACAGAAAUUCAGAUUGCCAUUAUUACAAGGCAGUUCUUUCUUCUGAGCAUGGGUUAGUAGAGGAGAUGCACUUCUGAUGCAACAAUUAUCUGCUGGCUGUCACUGAUUUUUUUAAGGUGUUUGGUGGGUGAGAAUAAGAUUCCUUUGCAUUAGAGGACAAAGAUGUGCUUUGAAGAACCGGUAGUGAACCCAUAAUGAAUUGAUCGCACCUUUGUAUGAAAUUCAUACUGGAGAAAACUACUUUAAUUACUUAUGUUUGAGAUGAAGUUAUUAA